AUGGUAACGCUUCAGAGAAUGCGUUGUUUUUUUAUUAUGAUGCUUUCUUUCAAUGUUCUUGCAAUAGCAUUGGCAGAUCGCAACCUAAAAACUACCUCCAAGGAUGAUGUGAAGUGCACUCCCUGCGCCCAAGUUUCCUCACCACCGCCACCCUCUCCUCCGCCGCCGUCUCCGCCACCAGCUUCCACCGGCAGCUGCCCUCCACCUCCUUCUCCUCCGAGCUCCGGCGGUGGUGGCACUUACUAUUACUCUUCUCCCCCACCUCCCUCUCAGUAUACCUACUCAUCGCCGCCGCCGCCGUCGUCCACCGGCGGAGGUAUCGGCGGCAUGUAUUACCCGCCACCGAAUAGGAACUAUCCAACCCCGCCGCCGCCGAACCCAAUUGUGCCGUAUUUUCCUUUCUACUACCACACUCCUCCGCCACCACCGUCCACGGCGGCUCCUUCGCCGUUGAGGGGCUCAUUGAUCUUUGCAUUUUCGUUGUUACCUUUUAUUAUGUUGCUUUGA